AUGACUAAAAGAGAAAUUAAACAUUUUUUUGGUGUAGAAGAUCAUGAUAAAGGUAAUUAUGGUGAAUAUUCAAGGUAGCUUGGCGGUUUUCUUCAAGCACUUUAAUAAUAAUAUAUUCCGAAUAAUUUGAAUAGGUUGAUAAUCUCUGUCUCUACACGGUUUUGAGGUCCAUAAUUACGCAAUAACUCCAUCAGCAGUCUCAGUUCAAAUCAUCACAUGCAAUAGUAGUUUGCAGGUAGAUUGCGGUUUAUUUUAAAGUUUAGCAUUAAAGUUUUCCUUUUUUUAUCUCUCUGAACAACUGCUUUUAUUGGUUUUCUUUGUAAGUUCCUGAAUAUGAUGUCGCCAGUCCUUACCUGUCCAAUAAUCAGGGAGACUUCGUGUCUUAUUCCCUACAUCCUAGCCCGGCCAGGAGUAAACGAGACGCUGAUCGUUAUGCCGAGAAUUCCUAUUAUAAGUUGGAUACAUUUGGCACAAAACUUCAUUUGAGAUUAAGACGAAACGAACACUUGUUGGCUCCAGAUCUGAAGCUAGUGAGACAAAACGGUGACGGCACAACAACUUCGCAUCCAGCACCGCCAAAUACUUUUUAUCUGGGACAUGUUGUUUCAGAUCCACUCUCCACAGUCGCACUUAGCAACGAUGGAGGUCUGGUAAGUAAAAACUAAAAAUUAUUAACUCUAGAGACGUAACCACACUUCUUCUAUUGGUCUUCAUCCAAUAGAGCGCAAAAGAAAUUAGCGACGUGGGAAUCAUAAAAGUCAUAACUGAGAUGAUAGUGACAUUUGAAAAUUAUUUACAUUGUCAGACUGGCUUAGUGAAAACAUCACGUGAUACGCUGUUUCUGCACCCUCUUCCUCCACAUUUGGCUAAGCACGUGACGAGCAGUAAAGAUGCCACGCCCCACCUUGUAUAUCGAAGGUCUUUCGAAGACAGCGAUGCCUGGUGUAACAUAAAGAGUGGUAAAAUAAAUCAAUUUUUUAAGAUUUGUUUCUUUUUACGUCUUCUCUCAUUGGUCUUUUCUUUCCUUAUCUUUAAUAUGCUUUUCUUUUCAGUUCAAGUUAGUUUGUGUUCACACUUUCAGCGCAGUCUUAACUGGCAAACAAUAAUAAUAAUAACAAUAAUAAUAAUAAUAAUAAUAAUAAUAAUAAUAAUAAUAAGUACAAUCUUUAUUACAAAACCUCAAUUAAAAUCCUAUUUACAAUCAACCUGCUGUUACAAAAAAUCUAAUUAAUUCAUCAAAACACUAUCUACAAUUCCAUCCGUUACAAAAGAAACCUCUCGGCCUUCAUUAGAGAACAAAAACAAUCCUAUAUAUAAUAAGUGAAGAAGGAAACUAUUCAUUUACAAAUUCUAAAAAAUAGAAGUAACUUAACCUUACAUAAAAGAAGAGGAAAUAGAUAUAAUUAAUAAUAAAAGUUCGAAAUUCUAUAAAAUAAAGAAUUCCAUUAUGCAGAGAUAUUAAGAUCAUACAAUCGAAUUAUACUAAUGACGGCUAAACCAGUGUCCAUAAAAAAAAUAAUAAUCAUCAUCAUCAUAAUAAUAAUAAUAAUGAUAAUAAUAAUAAGGUGGCGAAAAUAUCCAGCACAAAUUUAUUGCAUAUAGUUAUUAAUCAAAGAUUAUUGCCAACUUCCUACCGACCAGUCAGUGACAAUAAAAUGGAGUAAAAAACGCUUUUUUAGACAGUGGAUCCAGUACCUUGGACCCACUUUGCUAUUUAUUUUGUAUUAUUGUUGUCCAUGUCAAAACGGCCAACAGCUCUGUUUGAUAUUUCACAGAUGAAGCAGAUAUCCAUUCGAAGAGAUCCUUGGAAACUGAAGACUCUUUGCCCGUGAGAGCAAGUACCCCAGUAUACAAGACUCUAAAAGUGGCGUUACUGUACCCUUCACCUCUUAGGGUGAAAUACUCUAGUGGGUCCUUA